CGGCUUCCAGGCUUCCCACUUUCUAUUUUGCGUUUGCCUUUGGGGGGUCAUUCCAGCAAUAAUUCCCGCUUUCCCCCAUCAAUCCCCCGCCCCAUUCUCCUUCCAUGUACCAGUCUCUCUCUAUCCAGAUUUUCAAAAUCAAAAAACAUCUCUAUCCCAAAGGUUGUUCCUCUGAUUCUAACUCAUCGACACACACCCAAUCCAUUCAUCAGUCCUCUUGAAAUGUGGGUUUCAAAUUCUCGUUUGUUACCUCAUCACAUCACUUCUGUUCCUAGAAUUUUGAAGGAGCUUACCCAUACAUAUACAUAGCCUUUUAGAGAGAGAGAGAGAGAGAGAGAGAGAGAGAGAGAGAGGAGGAAAGAGUCUUUGGCCUGUUUCUUUGACUUAGAAAUCUCAUCUUCUUCCCCAUUCCCUUUUCCUCUUAUUGAACUUGUCCCUUCUUUCACUUUCCAAAACUUUUACCCUCUGCCUCAGGAAUUUUUCUCCCAGAGCAGAAAAAUCGAUUUUUUCUCAUGAAGUGUGAUUCUCUGUAAAAUUUACAGGAGAACAAUUGUUUUUAUAAUCGCUCUAAUAUUGAACCUAAUACUAAUUCAAUAGCAGGGCACAACUGACCCAGUUCCCAUUUUUUAGAAUCUUUAAUUUUGGAAAUCUUCAAUGUCAAAAAUCUCAACCAAAUCUCUCACCCAUCCACCUCAUUUAUUUGGGAAUGUUCUUCCAAUCUAAUCUUUGGCUGAUCGUUAUUUAGAUAUAUCCCAUUCUAUUCAUACUACAAACUUCAGAGAUCCAUUCAAAUCCCAUAGAUUUUGUUUUCCUAUUCUAAUGGGUUGCGCCUCCUCAAAGCAACCGGUGUGCCGGAGCUGCCGCGGGCCGAUAAGGCGUAGCAACACGAUCCAGGUCUACCACCCGCCGCAGCGCGACGGCGACACCUACCACCUCGUCGCCCUCACCUCCACCACUCUGGGUUCCCUCAGCCUCGAUCCAAUCGAUCACAAUCACCACCCACAACAAAACAAAGAGCUUUUACAGCAGCAGCAACAACAAGAAGAACUCAUUCCUUCAACAAAGCCACCUGAUGAUUCCAGGAGAAGCAGCGAGUUCUCAAUGGGUCUGAUCGAGGCGAAGUCGUGGUCCAACAUGAUCGACGAGAAAAUACCCAAGAGGAGUCCCGCCAAAACGCCGCCGAUCGCUACGCCGCCGGGGGAGCCGGAGACGAUCAACUUGUGGGAAUUAAUGGAAGGGUUGGAAGACGUGAACCCUGUUCGGAACAGCCAUCACGUUCGCAGCUUCACAUUUCACGUGGCUCCCGAUCCUAUUGACUUUCCCGAGACUCCGACCGAUCUCGUCCCCAGGUCCAAACCCCCAAUGUGGCUCGAUUUGGUCGACGUCGAGAGGAACGCAAAUGUCGAUUUAAAUUCGACGCCCUCGAUACCAGAGUUCGAUCCGGAUGUGAUUUCGAUGUUCAGGAAAGCGCUUGAGGAUCUGCCCGCGGCCAACCCGUUUCACCUCAAGACAAUGGGAUGCGAGAAAACGGCAUACAAGGAGAGGGUGGUGUUGUAUUUUACGAGCUUACGAGGGGUGAGAAAGACAUACGAGGAUUGCUGCCAUGUGAGGGUCAUUUUGAAGGGGACAGGGGUUCGGAUCGACGAGAGGGACGUUUCGAUGCAUUCGGGGUUCAAAGAGGAGUUGAAGGAGCUACUGGGAGCCGGGUUCUCCGGGGGCGGAUUGCCGAAGGUGUUUGUGGGGAAGAAGUACGUCGGCGGGGCGGAGGAGAUACGGCGGUUGCACGAAGAAGGGCGGCUCGAGAAGGCGUUGGAGUGUUGUGAAAUGGUGGAAGGGGGCGGCGGCGAGGGUGGUGGCGGUGGAGUUUGUGAGGCUUGUGGGGACAUAAGGUUUGUGCCGUGUGAAACUUGUUCCGGGAGUUGCAAGAUUUUUUAUGAGGAUGAUUGUGAUGAAGAAAGUGAGGGCAGUGAGUGUGGGUUUCAGAGGUGCCCUGACUGCAAUGAGAAUGGGCUCAUCCGGUGCCCAAUUUGUUGGUGAUUAACCUCAUAAGGUAUUAGUGAAAUUUUACUGUGUUUUUUCCUUGGUUUCUUUCCAGAGUUUUCCCUCUUAAUUCUUUUGUUUUUGGUUGUGUAAGUUGGUGGUGGUUGUACAGAGAGGAGUUUUGAUAGGUUUUCUCACCCUGGUAUAGAAGCACUUUGUGCGUCGAAUGGCUCUGAAC